AUGGAUGUAAAUGCAGAUCAUUUUGAACAGUUUUUCUACUCCAAGGUACAGACACUGCUUCAACAGAUGCAAGAUAAAUUUCAGACAAUGUCUGACCAGAUCAUUGGAAGAAUUGAUGACAUGAGCUGUCGUAUUGAUGAUCUGGAGAAAAACAUUGCAGACCUCAUGACACAAGCAGGAGUGGAAGAAUUGGAAGGAGAGAACAAGAUGCCUGCUACUCACAAGAGUUAAAGUUGCCAAUAAUUUAUGAUGAAUGCUGGAAUACACUUUUUUUUACAGAUCCACAGGAUUACAGAAUUUUUUGCAAAUGGUGUAUGUAAAAGCAUUUUAUAUGGUUAUAGAGCUUGCAUUCCUAAUGUAUAUUGUAUAGCUAGAUUUAGAUUAGUAUAUUUUGAUUUUUGCAGUGUAGUUUCACACUUUUUGAAUUCUUGUUAUAAGGAUCAAUUGUAUUAAAAUACACUUGAUGGAGCUUAACUAUAACUACUGAAUUUGAGUGGAAUUUUUCGUGAAGACUUUUUUUACUGUACUUUAAUUUCUUUUUGAUGACUAAAAAUCUAGUGAUUUCUGUCAAAUUGAAAAAGUACUUGUCAUAUUGUAACUUAACACUUUUGGGGAGCGAAGCACAAGAUUGAAAUUGAAUUAUAGUCUUAGCAUCAAUCAUUAUACCAGUACAAAAUAAUAUAUUGUUUUUAAUGCAUCCAGUAAAAUGCUCUUGGAUACUUAAGAUGUGAGGUGUACACAUUUUUUUUACUUGUACUCCUAGCGUUACUUCACCUAGUGUUUGGUGUCAUGACUAAGAAUUGGAAGGUGAAGUGAUGUGAUAGAAACAUCCCUCCAAAGGGUAAGAAACCACUGUAGCUCAAGUAGGUUAUUCAUUUAGAAAGCUGAGAUGCUAUCAAUAAAUCCCAUGAUGACAUUUUUCUUAGCUAAGAGUUUGUAGUAGUAUAGCAAGACACUACAACAAAACCCUCCUAGUAUACAUUCAUCAUCAGUGUCAUAGCUGAAAAAUAGCAUUUAAGUAUUGGGCAUAUUAUAAGAAGACACUGUCUAGGAAAUACUGAGUACCUGGUCUUUGAGCAUAAAUCAUUGGCACUGUAUAUGAAACCAAGCCGCUUAGCUGAGAAGCGGAGUAUUCGGUAAUCUUGGAAGGAGGGAAUCCAUUUUUAAGUUAUAAAAUCCUGCUAUUAUGAGCAACAAAUAGGAGAGCAUCUUCAUAAUACCCUGCUUCAGAAACUGUCUACCUUUUUCUUAAUCAUAUCCAUUUUUUACCUUUUCUUAAAUUCAGUAGAUUGAGUUUGAGCAUUUGGAAAUCACAAAUCUUUGUUGAAAGAAUCUUUCUAUAUCUUUUCACGGUUUAUGAAGAAAAAUGACUCAAGUACUCGGAUGAUACUAUACGACUGGUUUGAGAGAUUAAUACUUCCCAACAACUUGUUUGAGAGAUGACUCUAAGCAGUCAUUAAUAACAAAGCUGAUAUAAUUCUAUAGAUAGAUGUUUAUACUGUACCACACUUAAUGCUGGUAUGAGUGCCUCUAAGUUAACUUCAUUGGAAUUAUGAAGGCAAUAUGUAGGGAUAUGUCAUUUCUCAAAACAGUGAAAAUUGUAUUGAGAGUUCAAAAUGUUAGGUGAAAUUUUUUGAUUGUGGAAAAUGUCUACUGUACCACCAGCCUUACAUUUGUUGUACUGUCAUUAAAAAUACCUAAUAAAAUUGUUAAAUGGUAA